CUCUUCAAGCAAAAGCCAAAAGUGUGUGUCUCACUUAAUAGAAAUCCAUUAAAGCCACAUUAGCAAAGCAAAUGUCUUCUAAUUGUCUCUAUAUCACACCUUUUACACCAUUUCCUCUAUAUAAAUCCCUUCUUUAAUUUCCUCUCCUCUCUCAUUCUCUCUAUAAUUGCCAUCCCCAUUUCAAUAUUGCAUCAAACCGAGAUUCUUAGUCCUAGUGAUUCCUAGUAACACUUUUCCUUCUGUUAUUCUAAAAUAUCUAUCAUACCAAGUUCUUUCAAUCUCAGUAUGGAAUCCAUCAAACAAGGAAGCUUGGAAACCUCAAGUGAAGAGAGUGAUCACCUUGAACAAGUCAGAGACGACACGGGCAGUAGGUGCUCCUAUGAAUGCACAUUCUGCAAGCGAGGCUUCACCAAUGCUCAGGCCUUGGGAGGGCAUAUGAACAUACACCGGAAAGAUCGAGCCAAGGCCAAGCAACUCACAAGCUCUUCUUCACAUUCAAACAAAUCCAACGAGGAUUGCAUCCCCUCUAGAUAUAUUUCACCAGUAUCACACGAACCAUCCGAGUAUUUCAAAGUUUUAGAGGCUCAAAGACAAAGGAAUUGUCAUAUUUAUUUUCAUCCAUCAUCGGCAUCUAGCCCUAGACACCCACAUACUAAUUUCCAUCAAAGUGAUUUUAUUGCUUCAAGGUCCCAGUCCUUGAGUAUGAACCAGGACCUUUUCGGUGUAAAUUUGAGCCUGCAAAUUGGCCCCAUGCAUGUAGAAGAUGAUGGAAUGAAGAGGGCAGUUAGCGAAGCUGAUGAAUUGGAUUUGGAGCUUCGACUAGGUCAUGAUCCAUAUUGAAUUUGUUUUAUCAGUGAAUUAGCUUGUUAUAUAUGCAUACAGUGAACAUCAUAAAUUGUACAGGCAAAAUGGAUUUCAUGAAUUUAGUUAUAUAUUACUUUCUGUCCUA